AUGUUUCGUGUGAGCAUUCUGAUCGCCAUCGGCUUAGCCACUUCGGCUCUCGGGUCUAUUAAGGUUCCCGAUAGUCAUUCUGGACGCAUCGUAGGUGGUCAAAAUGCGGCACCGAACCAGUUUCCGUAUCAAGCGUCUUUAAGGGAUGCUAACAUGGGUCAUUUCUGUGGCGGAACGAUCAUCAACAACUGUUAUAUCUUGUCGGCGGCUCACUGUGACCCGGAUGGUACAGAUACGAAGUUUGUAGUGGUGGGAUCCAUUUUCCUGGACAAUGGAGGUGUUACACACGAAGUGGUUCGGGUCAUCAACCAUCCAGAUUACAAUGAUGAUACUUUGGAAAACGAUAUCAAUCUGAUGAGGGUGAGCCCAUACAUCACUUAUACCGCGGCGGUGCAACCGAUGCCGAUUGCUGCACAUUUUGCUGAGAGUGGUGAUGGCAUCGUUUCUGGAUGGGGAAGUACUGAGACGGAUGGCCCCGCUCCAAAUCAUCUUCAAUUCCUGCCCACAGGGAUAAUUUCAAAUGAAGAGUGUGCUGAAGCAUAUGAAGGAGGGAAUUUUCCAGUAUUGGAAUCAAACAUAUGUGCUUACAAUCCAGAAGGUGAAGGAACUUGUGGGGGAGAUUCGGGUGGCCCAAUGGUAUAUAACGGAGGACUACAUGGAGUAGUUUCUUGGGGGCCAAGACCAUGUGGUACUGCUCGUCCCAAUGUUUAUGCUCGGGUGGCCUAUUUUGUCAGCUGGAUUCUUGCUAACGCAGUUUAA